AUGGAGAUCACCUACUACCUCCGCUCCAUCGACGAUCAGAACCCCAGCCGCACCAGCUUUCAUAAAUUCCGACAUGAAAAUCUGUCCUCCAUCGAUCCGCACUUUGCGUACUCACACUUCGACAUGUUUGGCUCACCAGGCAGCUGGCGGCUGGACUGGUCGAUCACGUGGCGCUCGUGUGACAAAGAGGGUUUCGAGAGUGGGAGCCCGAUCUCCCAAAUGCUUUCCAACAGUACGAGCUUUUCCGUUUCCUUUGCUGUCCAGGAUAUGGCAGACAGCGUAGAUGUGGAUCUCGUAUCCGCCACCUCUGAAGAUUCCUGCCCCGACACGAAUUCGGACUCUGCCCUCGCCAUCAAUGUACCCGAAACCAUGCCCUUGCCCCACUGGGUUGACUGGAAUGCCCGGCAAGUUAUGAACUACACCUGUGCCGUUACGACUCCCACCACCACGGUCCCGGAUCCGUGCAGGGUGGACAUUGAUCGCACCGUGGCCGAGAGUAUGCAGGGUUCGCACAAGGCCUGGCUCUGCAGACAUACGGUAAACCCGCCAGAAGAUUGUCCCGAGGAGAAUGGGGACGAUGAGAACUCUGCUCCGCCGAUGCGGAGGGCGAUUGUGGGUGGUAUUUCGAGGGGGUUGGGCUUGGCUUUGUGUGGAGCACUGGGAUUCUGGGGCUUUUCUUUUUUUUUUUUGAAUUGA